AUGUCUGCCAAUUCACCUCCAGCUGCUGUCACCCACCCCGUCCUCCCCCGUCCCCCUGUCACCCACCCCCGUCCCCCGUCCUCCCCCGUCCUCCUGUCACCCACCCCGUCCUCCCCCGUCCCCGUCACCCACCCCGUCCUCCUGUCACCCACCCCGUCCUCCCCCGUCCUCCUGUCCCCCACCCCGUCCUCCCCCGUCCCCCGUCCUGUCGCCCACCCCGUCCUCCCCCGUCCCCCUGUCACCCACCCCGUCCUCCCCCGUCCUCCUGUCCCCCACCCCGUCCUCCCCCGUCCCCCGUCCUGUCGCCCACCCCGUCCUCCCCCGUCCCCCUGUCACCCACCCCGUCCUCCCCCGUCCUCCUGUCCCCCACCCCGUCCUCCCCCGUCCCCCGUCCUGUCACCCACCCCGUCCUCCCCCGUCCUGUCCUCCCCUGUCCUCCUGUCACCCACCCCGUCCUCCCCCGUCCCCCUGUCACCCACCCCGUCCUCCCCCGUCCUCCUGUCCCCCACCCCGUCCUCCCCCGUCCCCCGUCCUGUCACCCACCCCGUCCUCCCCCGUCCUGUCCUCCCCUGUCCUCCUGUCACCCACCCCGUCCUCCCCUGUCCCCCGUCCUGUCCCCCACCCCGUCCUCCCUCCUGUCACCCACCCCGUCCUCCCCCGUCCCCCUGUCACCCACCCCGUCCUCCCCCGUCCCCCUGUCACCCACCCCGUCCUCCCCUGUCCCCCGUCCUGUCCCCCACCCCGUCCUCCCUCCUGUCACCCGCCCCGUCCUCCCCCGUCCUCCUGUCACCCCGCCCCGUCCUCCCCCGUCCUCCUGUCCCCCACCCCGUCCUCCCUCCUGUCACCCGCCCCGUCCUCCCCCGUCCUCCUGUCACCCGCCCGUCCCCCCUCCUGUCACCCACCCCAUCCUCCCCCAUCCCCCGUCCUCCCCCAUCCCCCGUCCUCCCCGUCCUCCUGUCACCCAUCCCGUCCUCCCCCGUCCUCCUGUCACCCGCCCCGUCCUCCCCCGUCCCCCGUCCUCCUGUCCUGUCACCCGCCCCGUCCUCCCCCGUCCCCCGUCCUCCCCCACCCCGUCCUCCUGUCCUGUCACCCACCCCGUCCUCCCCCGUCCCCCGUCCUCCCCCGUCCUCCCCCACCCCGUCCUCCUGUCCUGUCACCCACCCCGUCCUCCCCCGUCCCCCGUCCUCCCGCGUCCCCCGUCCUGUCCCCCACCCCGUCCUCCUGUCACCCACCCCGUCCUCCCCCGUCCCCCGUCCUCCCCCGUCCUCCCCCACCCCGUCCCCCAUCCUGUCCCCCACCCCGUCCUCCCUCCUGUCCCCCACCCCGUCCUCCUGUCACCUGCCCGUCCUCCCCCGUCCUCCUGUCACCCGCCCGUCCCCCCUCCUGUCACCCACCCCGUCCUCCCCCGUCCCCCGUCCUCCUGUCACCCACCCCGUCCUCCCCCGUCCUCCCUCCUGUCACCCAGAGCUCACACAGAUCUGCAGCUCCGAGACACGAGCUGCCGCUGUGGCCCGCGGUGCCUUCAGGUGCUGCUGGAAAAACUUGCCCUCACCACCAGGGGGCGCUCGCUCUCCACCGCAGAGCUGA